AUGUGGAUUCUUGACACGACGGGGGACUUCCUGAACGGAAAGCGCCUAUGGUUGCGCCCCGGAAAGAGGUAUCUCGUUGGUCGACCCCCGCAAACCGGCAUUCAUUUUGGGAUCCCUAACAAGUCCAUUUCUCGUCAACACAUUACCAUUGAAGUAUCCUCGGUCAAACCUCGCGAUGGGACCCGAACACACGCCCGCACGGAGUUAUCCAUUACGGAUUUGAAAUCCAGUCGAGGAACAGUUGUGAAUGGCGAAAGAAUCGAAGGAACACACAUAGUCAAAGGCGACGAACACAGUAUUUUGCUCGGUCACUACCAGCAUGCUCUACGUAUCAAAUGGGAACCAGUCGUUCUCAGCUUCUCAUUUUCUUCGAAAGAAAUGAGAGCGGAAGAUCCCCUUGCCAAAGUCCGGGAACGACUAGAGAGCCUCGAUAUCAAGACCGUCAUUCCGUACUUGGUGGACCAAACUACUCACGUCGUGCAAAGCAAACGGAAUACGGCUAAGGGUCUUCAGGCCCUAAUCAACGGCAAAUUUAUUGUUAAGGAUUCAUAUAUUGAUGCUCUGGUUUAUGCAACCACCCCGAGUGAUCUGGAGAAUGAUGAAUCCAUGUCGCCACUAGAAACUGACUUUGUCUCAUUUUGGCCCGAUCCCUCAGAGCACCUUCCACCCGCUGGAAACGAGCCGGCGAACCGCCCUGCUGUUGCUUUUGCACCAAAUCCAUCCCGCAUUAACGUCUUUGAGGGCUAUACAUUUGUAUUCGGGGACCGCUCCCAGUUUGAGAACCUUCAGGUGGCAAUUAACAAUGGUCAAGGCAAGGCCUUAUUUUGUGAGGUCAAAGAUGGUAAUACUACUGCGACAGAAAUUGUACAAUAUAUGAGGGAAGCCGGUGGUCGUAAAGGGGUAGGCGGCGACCGAGACGGAUUAGGUGGUGUUGUACUUGUGCGAUUUCGAUCUAAGGGUCAGUACGAAUCGUGGUCGAUCGAGGUCGGGAACGAGGUUGCGCUGAUGACAGAUCAACGCGUGAUUGAACAACGGGAGUUUCUCGACGCGAUUCUGGGAAAUGAUGCCUCUCCACUGUGUCGGCCGCUGCCACGAGAGGAAGGAUCGAGCCAAACCCCCCUUCAAGAGGCUGCUACCGAGCUCCAACCACAAGUCAAUCAGUCUCAGCCUAUUGCAUCCGUAUCUCUACCGUCUGAUGAAAGCCAGCCAAUUGCACCCAAAAAGAAAGCCCCUCGAGUUCGCACUUUUGUGAGCAAGAUGCAGGCCUUUGACGACGGAUUUGAUAUGGAAUCUAUUCCAGUAUACACUCCGCAUGAUGACGAGACAUCUCAGGCCGUGAAUCUAGAAGCCAUUCAAUCCUCCCAGACUAGCGAGCCGAACAAGCCUCUGGAUACUGUGGAAGAAGAAGAUUCGGUCGCAGAUCUACUUCCUGGGGCUCAAGCCAUGAAACGCCGCCGAAUUGAGAUAAGUGAAGACCGACACGCAUCCAGUACCCCACAAGCGAAAUCCGAAAGCCUUCCCAAAGCCAAGCGACCCAAAUUAGAUGUCUUGGAGGCAGCGCGCAAACAUCGUGAAGAAGAAGAGCAGCAGCGACAGGCUGAAGAAAAUCCAAUUUCCUCACAGGAUGUGGACAUUGAAAAGUUGCGAAAUCUCGCCAUCAUCGAAGAAAUGGACAUGCCUAUUCGAGAUCCUGUUGUGCAAGAGGGCGAGAGCUCUGAUCGUUGGGACGAUCGAUGGAAUGGUCGUAAGAAUUUCAAGAGAUUCCGGCGUAAAGGCGAAUCACGGCACGCUCGCCAGCGUGUGGAAAGUGUUAUUGUUCCUCUCGAGCAGGUAAUACGCAAGGAUUUUGGCAUUGGCGAGCACCAUUGGGUCAGCGCAGGCAAAGCUGCUGAAACGAAUCAGAAACAGCGCCAUGAUAUACAAAAGACCCCCAGCCAAGCGGAGCCAGCUGUAGCUCGAUCACAAGUUUCACUGACUCUGUCUGAGACGCCCGAUCUUAUUCCAGAUUCAAUCUCGGCGCCAUCUCGGGCCCACAGCCAAAAGCGCCUGCGAGAGGCGCGGGACUCGGAUAGUGAUGAAGAGCUUCGGUUUCGAUUCAGGCGCAAGCGCUAG